UUUUAAAGAAUUUUUUGCAUGUGUGUAGGACACAGAUGUCUAUACUAUAAGACAUCUGUGGUGUAGGACAGUCACAGUGUGUCAGGAAGAGCUAGCAAGUGAAGAGCUUCUUGUACACUUUUCAAUGGCCACGCUCGAGGAUAAAUCUAUUUGGGAAGAUGGAGAGGAAACAUUGGGAGAGGACGUCCUACGAAUGUCUACAGACGAAAUUGUGUCACGUACACGACUGUUAGAUAAUGAAAUCAAGAUAAUGAAGAGCGAGGUUAUGCGGAUUUCUCAUGAGCUUCAGGCACAGAACGAUAAGAUCAAGGAGAAUACUGAGAAGAUCAAAGUGAACAAAACUCUCCCAUACCUGGUAUCCAAUGUCAUCGAGCUAUUAGAUGUCGAUCCACAAGAUAUGGGAGAGGAAGAUGGAGCGGUGGUUGAUUUAGAUGCGCAAAGAAAGGGCAAAUGCGCAGUCAUAAAGACGUCAACUCGCCAGACAUACUUCCUCCCUGUGAUCGGUCUGGUCGACGCCGAAUCGCUGAAACCAGGUGACUUGGUAGGUGUGAACAAAGACAGUUACCUAGUGCUGGAGACUUUGCCAGCUGAAUAUGAUGCCAGAGUCAAAGCUAUGGAAGUAGAUGAGAGGCCUACAGAGCAAUACUCUGACAUCGGUGGAUUGGAUAAGCAAAUUCAGGAACUCAUUGAGGCCGUUGUGUUGCCUAUGACGCACAAGGAGAAAUUCGAGAACCUAGGAAUACAACCCCCCAAGGGCGUUCUACUCUAUGGUCCACCUGGAACCGGAAAGACUUUAUUAGCUAGAGCCUGUGCCGCCCAAACAAAAUCUACCUUCUUAAAAUUAGCUGGUCCACAGUUGGUUCAAAUGUUUAUUGGUGAUGGUGCUAAAUUAGUCAGAGAUGCGUUUUCUUUGGCCAAAGAGAAAGCCCCAGCAAUAAUAUUUAUUGAUGAGUUGGAUGCUAUCGGCACAAAACGUUUUGAUUCAGAAAAAGCAGGAGACAGAGAGGUACAACGUACGAUGUUGGAACUGUUAAAUCAAUUAGACGGCUUCAGUUCGACCGCUGAUAUCAAAGUGAUUGCUGCCACGAAUAGAGUUGAUAUCUUGGAUCCAGCCUUGCUGCGAUCAGGCCGUUUGGACAGAAAAAUCGAGUUCCCACAUCCCAACGAGGAAGCCAGAGCUCGUAUUAUGCAAAUUCAUUCGCGUAAAAUGAAUAUGUCGCCAGAUGUAAAUUUCGAAGAAUUAUCUAGAUCCACGGAUGAUUUUAAUGGAGCACAAUGUAAAGCUGUAUGUGUAGAAGCGGGCAUGAUAGCGUUACGGCGCAACGCAACAGAAGUUACUCACGAAGAUUUGAUGGAAGCUAUUAAUGAAGUCCAAGCGAAAAAGAAAGCAAAUCUGAAUUAUUAUGCUUAAUAUGCUGUGUUGCGUCAUUUAUCUAUUAGGAUAUAUCUUUUGUAUAAUAAAUAUAGAAACACAUCUCUAACUCUUCACUACUUCAUCUUUCGACAAGAUACACAAAAAAAUAAUGACUAAAUAUGCCAUGUAU